AUGCGAAUUAACACCAGCUCUAUUCUUACUGCAGCCAAUCCCAAACUGUCAGCCGUGGACAAAUUUGCUGAUCUCGCUCUGCGUCUCUUUCUGGAGGGUGCUGAUGAACUCAAAUUUCCGCCUACAGAAAUCGCCCUCUUGGGGAAGAUAGAUAAUAUCAAGGUCCGUGGACUGUCAUCAGCUUACAGAGCAUGUCCGAUCCGUCUAGAGGAGGCAUUCGCCACAGACACAAAGAUGUAUCCGUUUAGUUUUACCGGGUGUAUCGGAGCAUCCAACAUCUCACUUGACCUACGUAUUAAGAACAACUACCUUGGUGAUUACGAACUCGGCAUCUUGGUGAAACCCUUCACAGUAAAGUUCAGUUUUGGACUGCUACCAGAACACAAACCUCGGGUAGCCGUCAUGGAACGCUGUGAGCUGGCAGAAUGGAAUGGAUUUGAGACUGACAAUGAUCUGCUGGACAGCAUUCUGCAAACACUCGCGCCGAAGCAAGUUAUUGAGCAUGAGUGCAAAUGGAUAGCCAACAUGGAGAUUUUGCCAAACCUCUUCUUCCCAAAUCUUGUUUUACUGAAAGAGAUGAUGAUGACGAUGAUGACCUACUAG